AUUUCAUAGGAAAAUUAACGAAACUUUAAGAAUUAUCAAAUAAAUUUUUAUUAAAAAACCGCGUAAUAAUUUUCUUCGGAUAUGGUAAAUGGUGCAAAUUGCAAACCCUAAAACUCUGGGUUUGGCGAUAUCAUUCUUAAGGCUUCGAAGAAUUUUAGGGUUACAGGAGAGGGCUUUCGGGGAAGUAAACGCUGCUGCGAGGAGUCUGGAGCAGGAGCAGAGAUGCAGAUUUUCGUAAAAACACUGACUGGUAAGACAAUAACCCUAGAGGUAGAGUCUUCUGAUACAAUCGACAAUGUGAAGGCUAAGAUCCAGGAUAAGGAGGGUAUUCCUCCUGAUCAGCAGAGGCUAAUCUUUGCUGGGAAGCAGCUGGAGGAUGGGAGAACCCUGGCGGAUUACAAUAUUCAGAAGGAAUCCACCCUUCAUCUUGUCCUUCGCCUCAGAGGAGGUGCGAAGAAGAGGAAGAAGAAGACCUACACCAAGCCCAAGAAGAUUAAGCACAAGAAGAAGAAAGUCAAGUUGGCUGUUUUACAGUACUACAAGGUGGAUGACUCUGGCAAGGUGCAGAGGCUUAGGAAGGAAUGCCCUAAUCAGGAGUGUGGAGCUGGGACUUUCAUGGCUAAUCACUUUGAUAGGCAUUACUGUGGCAAAUGUGGUUUGACCUAUGUUUAUCAAAAAGCUGAGGCUUAAGAUGAGUUUGCCCUAAAUUAGGUUUAGAGAUAAAUUUGCUUUAUCUAGGGCUGAGGAGGGCUGGUUUAUUAUAUGCUGGGGUUUGAAAUUUUCGAGAUGUAUAAGAAUUUUUGUAGAGUGAUUUAGAUUCUAUUUAUGCAGUUUUAUCUGGAAACUGGAUUUAUGAAUAUUUAAAAUUUAUCGGUUUAAAUCUGUAGAUUGGUCUGAUUUAUGACAGACGUGCCUGGGUGGGAUUGUCAUGGAAUCGAAAUUUUUCUUUUUCUGA